UGUUGUUUUCUCGCUUUUUCUUUGUUUUUGUUUACGAGAAGGUACAUUUUAUUAGAUGAGAUUCUCAUAUAAUCCAAGAAAAUCGUGAUACAGAAUUUUGAGGCAAAUAUAUUUAGGAUACAAUUCAAAAGUUUUCUAACAGAAUUGUUAGAUUUUCUGCUUGGACUUUGCCUUGUGUUGUUUAGAUGUUUAAUUAUGUAAUAUUUAUUUAUUUUAAGCCUUCAAGUACUAUACUUAUCUUAUGAAUCCAUCUUCAACUUAUUACACAUGUUUUAACAAAUUGACUCCUGUGAAAAGUGACAUUCUUGGACUGCUAUUGGCUAUAAUUAGCUUGAUGCCUUUUGCUGUAAUUACAGGAUUUCUUACAUUGAUUAUUUUUAGGCGAGAUUUGCAUACGAUUGUAUUUUUUGGUGGUGUAGUAGGCAAUGAAAUUGUUAACUUUUUGUUGAAACAUACUAUCCAAGAGGCAAGACCCAUGGAACGAGAUGGCUUGUACUCUGAAUAUGGUAUGCCAUCAACUCACGCACAAUUUAUGUGGUUCUUUGCUACGUACAUGACUUUAUUUGUAAUAAUUAGAUUACAUCAAAGUAGCAAUAGUACUUUAUCUGAAAGAUUUUGGCGUGUACUUAUAAUAGCAUUAAGUAUCUUUUCUGCUGGAUUAGUAACUUAUGGUAGAAUCUAUCUACAAUAUCACUCUCAUUUUCAAGUUUUGUGCGGAGCUAUUCUUGGUAUCAUUCUAGGCAUUGUUUGGUUCAUCGUUGUACAUCUAGUAUUAACACCAUUUUUCCCUAUGAUUGUCUCAUGGAAGUUAUCUGAGUACUUUCUUCUACGAGAUACCACUCUGAUACCUAACAUUUUAUGGUUUGAGUAUACAAAUAUAAGAACAGAAGCAAGAGCCCGUUCCCGAAAAUUGGUAUCCAUGAAAUCCCAAUAAUGACUGAGAAUAGGUUAAAGUGUAAUAAUAUUGAUCUUGGUAGAUGCUAAGGAAAAGUCAUUUUUAAUUUAUCGACAAAACAACGACGUAAAAAUGAAGUUAACCAUUUUGUUGAGUGGUGUAAAUGAACAUAGUUGAAUGCUAAAGGUUUUAUAGAUUAAUUUAACUAUGCUAAUUUGCUUAUCAUAGUGACAAAAUGAAAGAAGUGUAGAUUUAUCAUAAUAUAUAAAGGAUAACAGGGUCGGAUGCAUGCAAAACAAAUUCUAAGCACAACAUUUGAUUAUCUUGUAAUCCAAAAAACCUGUAUUUGAUAUCAAUUUGAUUUUCCUAUCAUAUUUUUUGUUACAAAAUAUGAUGUGAUGAAGAAUGUAAUCUACAUUAGUUUCGAAUGGCCUAAAUAGUUACUUAUAAGAUGAAUGAGUAUAAGUAUUUAUACUGAAACUUUUUUAUAGAUUAUAGCUCGAAUUUUUCACGAAAACGAUAUUAAAUAUGUAACUGACUACGUUAAUGUAUAAUAAUACAAGUCUAAACAUUUUUUUAGAGAAUGUAAUACCUUGCAAUUUUUUGAACUUUCAGUGAUUUUUAACUGUGACUUCACCACUAAUAAUUUUUGUCAUCAUUUUAUAUACAUUUUUACAUAUAUGCAUAGGGGUUUUGCAGUUUAUAUCGACCUGUUCUUUAGUUGUUUUCGGUUUAUUUAAAAAAAUAAUU